AAGCCAGCCCAUCAGGGGCCAUUCAGCUCCUGCGUCGAGUGUCGACUGGGAUCUACAGCUCCAGCCACCGGGGGGCGGCGGAAGGAGCGGUGCGGGGUAGCCGCGAUGGAGAUGGAGGCCGCCCCCAAGCGGGCCCGCGCGGGCGGCGGCUCGGCACCCGACCGGUUGAGCGCCCUGCCGGACGAGCUCCUCCACCACAUCCUCUCCUUCCUCCGGUCCCGGCAGGCCGUGCAUACCACCGGGCAUUCCAAGCGGUGGAUAGAUCUGUGGCGUUCGAUGCCUGCCAUCAACCUCAACAUCAAGGAAUUCAAAUGCGGAAGCCCCGCCCCGGGACAGUGUGGGAAGGCGGCGAGGUGGGGAAGGAUGGAGAAUUUCACCGCCAACCUGCUGAUGCGUCACAGGGCCCCGCGGCUGGAUGCAUUCCGGUUAAGUACAGGUUCAGUUAGAGUUGAUUGGCGUCGGGAUGUCGAUAGAUGGAUUAGCCGUGCCAUCGAGUACCGCCCAGUGGAGCUCCACAUCCGGCUUCCUGCUGCUCGCUUGGGUGCUCCAUAUCAACUACCCAAACCGUUUUCUUGUCAUCUCAAACGUUUGGUUCUUUCUGGUGUGUCUCGGGUACAUUUUCGGAGAGCAGCUCCGAUCUGAGUGCCCAGUCCUAGAAGAUCUGCAACUAUGGAGAUGUCGUGAGUUCAGUGGCCUUCAUUCUGACACAUUGAAGAAGUUGAAUGUUGUUGAUUGCUCAGAUGGAGCUGCAGAUAAACUGGUCAUCAGAGCUCCUUCUCUUGCUUCUCUGUACCUCAGCCUUCAUAGAAAUGGUGUUUUAUUAUAUACAGAAAAGUUCCUUGCCGAGGCAUGGAUUUUGGGAUCUGAUCAAUUAUCUCGAAGAGGCGAGGCAAUCCUUCUGGGCAGCCUAUUCAAUGUGACGGGCUUGGAGCUGGUUUGUUUUAGUGCAAUGGCAAUCCUACAUGAGGAAUUCGAUAAAUCCCCAGUAUUUGACAACUUGCGAACCUUAUACCUCGACGGCUGCUUUUACAGCAAAAGUGAUGUGAACAAAUUCAAAGCUCUUGGAAGAUUGCUGCAGAAGCUUCCUAAUCUGGAGAUGCUUACUUUGAAAGAUUUCUGGUAUGAUGAAGGUACACAAAGGGAGGUGCAAAUGGUCAACAAGCCGACCCUUAAAACGGUGAGGCCAGUUGUUGGACUAAUUGAAUUUCCUAUACUUGAAAACUUGAGAACCUUAUUGCUGGAUGAGUGUGAUUUGCACGACAACUUCCGAUUACUGCGCCACUUUCUACGGAGCUCUCCUAAUUUGGAAAAGCUCACAGUACGGCUUUGCAAGCUACCCAAUGUUUUCCUAGGAGGGAAAGGAAAAGCCAGGUCGGAGAAGGGAUAUUGUCAGUUCCAGACCCUUGUUCAUUUCAAGUGUCAGAAGCUUAAGUCCACUGAAAUCAUCUAUAAAAAUGGUAGCAAAAUCCAGGGACUGGUUGGUCUUUUUCUGGGCAUCUCAGGCUGGGCACCAAAUAAUACUAUAACACUUCAGAAGUAUGAAGAUUGAAGAAGAAGAAGAAGAAGACGACGACGACGACUCAGCCUUGCUCUAGGCAGUAGACCGGAAGUAUUCUUGUGUGUGCGAGUGUGCCGCGGGCUAUUUUCAGAUAAACCAUGUGCUGUAAAUAUACGGGCCACGAGUUUACUUCUGACAUUUUCUUAUUUUCUUAAUAUAACUUAAGGUUGUGCUGCAUGGUAUGUUGAGGUGUCCAGUUGGAAUGGAGGAUGCAUCCCGUCUUGAAUUGGAAAGUUUA